AGCCACUUCCGCCAGGGGAGAGGAUAGUCAUUUCUCAGGCACGGGGAGAGGAUCUGAGUGGGUGCAGUUUGGAGGAGUCUCAGCUGGACAAUGCUAUGGAUACAAUCUGGCAGUACCAGUUUCGGAUUAUCUUGCUGGGAGAUUCCACUGUGGGCAAAUCCUCCCUUCUCAAGCGUUUCACUGACGGCACUUUCAGUGAGCUGCAGGACCCCACGGUGGGGGUGGACUUUUACGCCCGGGUUUUGGAGGUAGAGCCGGGUUGUAGGAUCAAACUGCAGCUGUGGGACACCGCCGGCCAGGAACGCUUCAGAUCCAUUACCCGUUCCUACUAUAGGAAUUCUGUUGGGGGCCUGCUGAUGUUUGACGUGACCAAUCGGAAGUCAUUCGAGAGCAUCCAGGAAUGGCUGAGGGAGGUCAACAAUCACGUGUAUCCCAACAAGACCGUUUUCGUUCUGGUCGGGCACAAAAGUGACUUAACGGAUGACCGUAAGGUUUCCCGUGAAGAGGCUGAGAAGCUGGCAGAGGCACUGGAUCUGAAUUACAUUGAGACUUCAGCCAAAAAUAACACCAACGUUGACCAAGCCUUUGUAAAAUUGACAGAAUGUAUUUACGAUUCAAUGAAAGUAGGGGAGAUUGCACUGGAGGAUGGUUGGGAUGGAGUUAAACGAGGAUUUAAUCCACGGAUGUUAGAGUCACCAAAAGAGGAGAAGCAGAGUGAUUGUAAUUGCUAACUUGGCUUUUGGGUGUAAUUAAUGAGUCACUAUGUUAAAAGAUGCAAUUGCAACUUAUUAAUUCCCCCACCCAGUUAUAAGAUGUGGGAUUAACCGAGCAAGCAGUUUUAGAAAGCCAGCAAUCAUUAAUCACCAACUUGUUAAUAAAGGGUGGGUGGAGUGGAGGUGCAAAUUCCAGAAGCAGGAAUCAUUCUGUAGAGAAGGGAGUUUGCUGGUGCAUCCUUUUGAUAUCCAACAGUGUUUUGAAAGAAGCUGCAAACCUGGUUUUGGUGGUCGUAGGCUUGCUUGUUUCAGGUUUUAACGAUAGCAGCUUGGUUUUCUACUCUGAUAUACCCAGGAAGCUCAACAUUGAAUUUUUAGGAUAUCUGCUCUCUUUGCAUGUGGCCUAAUGUUGAUAUAUUUCCACGUUGGUAUGUUGUACAGGUGUGAAGAGGUAAGAGUUUUGCACAGCCUUUAAUCUGUGCUUUUGUAAUUGUAAGUGUUCCACUUUAGCCCAUGGAAGGGACAAUAAUGCAAUAAUUGAUUCAAUCUGUGUAACCUGUCCACUUGAUUCAUUAUUAAAAAACAUAAAACCCAUUAUAUUCAAUCAUAUUAAAGAGAUACCACAAUCUCUCUCCAAAUCGUGUUUCUGUUUAAGGGAAGGAUUAAGAUUAGGUUUUGCUGUUUGGUUGAAUUGCUUCUCUGGGUGGCCAUUGGGUGACUAGAGAGAUGCAGUUUCAAUGCACUUCCCUCCAUUGUCAAACAACCCAGAAUGAAUCCUAGAAUCCCUACAGUGUGGAAACGGGCCAUUUAACCCAACAAGUCCACACCAAUCCUCGGACGUGUAUCCCACCCAGACCCAUUCCCUAUUACUUCAUACUUCCUCUGACUAAUGUACCUAACCUACACAUCCAUGGACACUAUGGGUAAUUUAGCAUGGCCGCCUUUGGACUGUGGGAGGAAACCGGAGCACCCGGAGUAAAGCCAUGCAGUCGCUGGGAAAACAUGCAAAUGCCACACACUGUUGCCUGAGGCUGGAAUCGAACCUGGGGUCCCUGGCACUGUGAGGCAGCAGUGCUAACACUGAACCAUAGUGCCACCCUAAUGAAGAAUUGGAAGACUAACUCUAUAAAUUGCCCAUGGAGACAGAACUAUUUGUGGCACAGAAAGAGCCCAUUUAGCUUACUGAGUGUGUACAGGCUUUUUGUGGAGUGAUAAAAUUCAGCCCCCUCUCCUACCUGCUCCUUUAUAAGCCCUGCAAGUUACUGGGGGAGGGUACAGUACACUUACCAUACCCAUCAGCAGAGGGGAGCAAAUCGGCAAAAAACCAACAAUGGUUUAUUUUCAAUCAAGUAUAAUUUUGCUCCCACAUUGAAAAGAUGGAUUUUUAAAAAAGGCAUUUUUCAAAGGUAUUCCUUAAAUCAAAACACAAAGUUACAUCUUGCCAUAGCACUUUUGCAUUAUUGCUCAUUUCUUGUUUUAACAAUACAGCCACUCCCUGGAGCUGACUGUAAAGAAUUGAACUUCAUUUGGAAAGUCCAGAAUUUAAAACUAAAAACAUACAUUUAAGGGAGUGACUUUUAUUUAAGAGAUGUGUAAUUAAUAUAAUCCUUUGUUAGUCUUGGCAUUGCUGUUGGGCAAUUGUGUUGUAUGUCAAUAUUACAUCAGAGUCUC